GCACACCACUGGACGAUACAUAUCAAACCCGUCGAAAGCAUAUCAAAGCCAACGAGUGAUACGAGUGCGAGGAGUAGAAAACAGUUUAACAAGUUCCCCAGACCCUCCGCUCCCCCACCCCCAAAGAAAACCCCAGGUUCCCAGACACCCACCCCGUUGAACCGUCGAACAGAAAGAGAGUAAUCCUACCGUGACUAGCCGGCCCCGUCGAGUCCGCGAACCCAGUUAGUCAACUACAAAUAAUGCGCAUACAAUAGGAUCGAUGUUACCGCAAAACUGUAUGUCCCUCCAUGAUAUUCCCAAGCGAAAAGAAGAGAGAUCUAUGGCGUUAUGCGUCCAGAAACAAUCCGGGUCCGUGCGAUGGGGCGACAGGAGCGCCGCCCGUCCAGCCACCACGGCCGCCGCCCCCUCCACAUCGACCCCGCCCUCAUCUCUGCUCCGGCUACUCCUGCCCCGAGGAGGACUCCCUGACGAUGCGCCAGCAGACGCCGCCGCCGCCGUACAGCUCGAUGUCCUGCGCCAUGGACUGCUCCAACUCCGGCUCCAACUCCAACUCCGGCUCCGUCUCCGGCUAUUGUCACAGUUUGAGUCUGAGCCACAACAACAACAACAACAGCCACCCCUACCGCCGCCUGCCAAAUCACAAGGAUCCGUUAUCGCCGCAUCCGUCAGCCUCCGACCGCUGCUAUACCGCUCCUGGCUGCAGUUGCGCAAGCUCCUGCGACGAUAUGUUGAUCGACGGAAGCGAUCAGGAGCGGAAUCGGGAGCGGGAGCGGGAACGGAAUCGGAAUCAUCCUGUGCAGCAGGUGGAUCGCCGGAUGUUGAGUGCCACCACCUUUGCGACCAUGUUUCGGAAUUGCUGCGGCGGGGCCACGGAGUCCACCAGCAGCGGGUCCACCACCUCCACGAUUUCACUUACCGCCGCCUCCGCCCAACAGCCAACAAACCAAAUCCCGAACGGGAGACGGACUCGCGAGGAUUUCGAUGCUCUGAUGAAGCAGCUAAAGCGCAAGCAGAUGGCCGAACUCCUGCUGGCGGUCAAGAGUCGCGUGGAUCCGCCGACCAGGACGCAUCGCGAGGCCGUGGCCACCACCGCACCCACCUACCUGCAGUGCAUCCUGAUCCCCUGCGCAACGGAGGCGGAUCGGGAGCAGCAUGUGACCGCCAGCCGGCUGUUCUUCUGGCCGGGCCUGAGGAGCGGCGAGGAGCUGAAGCGACUGCCCGUCUGUCCCGCCGCCCGCGACUGCGUCUACACGUGCUGCAACCCGCUGCACUGGUUCCGCAUCUUGCACCAGCCCGAAACAGAAGUCCAACCGCCGCCAUACCAACGCUCAAAAAUGCUGAGACUGAGAGAUGCAGAUUCCGAAGAAGACUCGCAGAACGAUGCAAAUUCGGCGGCGCUGAGCACGUGGAGCGCCCAAAGCAGCAGCAUUUCGAGCAUCUUCAAGCCGCCACUCUUCGAGUCGUUCACCACUGAUGGAAAAGAUCAUAACAUCAGCAGCAAGGUCUGGUGCCAAAUCGCCUACUGGGAGUUGGCCCACCGAGUCGGGGAGUUCUUUAACGCCAGAACGAAAGCAGUCAAUAUCUACACGGAUGGGAUCGUCGGCAGUGAAGGGGACAGCAUGUGCCUACGUGACCUCACUCCCGCAGGCAAGCAGGUCCACUCGGAGGCGAUCCAAACUACGCGGCAGAAGGUCGGAUUGGGGGUCACCUUGAGUCUGGAGAACGGCGAUGUUUGGAUCUACAACCGUGGAAAUACACCCGUUUUUGUGGACUCUCCCACCCUGGCAGAAAAUCUGGAUCGUGUGUGCAAAGUGAUGCCCGGCUACUGCCUGAAGGCCUUUGAAACAAAUAGGGCUCAACUGCUUAGCAUGAAACAGCAAGGGCAUCAGCACAUGGGACCCGUCGACUACUUCAGCAUAAAGAUCAGCUUCGCCAAGGGCUGGGGACCCGCCUACAAAAGACAGGACAUCAUGGGCUGCCCCUGCUGGCUGGAGGUGCACUUUAGCCAUCUGCGGUGACAGUACCUGCUGCAGGCCCUUUCGGCAGGACCUCAUCCGGCUACCCAUCACCGGGCGGAGCCUUUGGGUGGCGGAUACGACCAGGUGAGCAGCUGGCGAUCCCGUCAACUGCUCCGGAAGGCCCAGAAGCUGCUGACCCGGCUGUGCAGACAGGUGUGCGCUCUGACGGAUUACCCCGCGACGAGGACGAGAUGGAGGUGCCUGGCGGGCAGGAGAUCGAGCCGCCAGUUAACCAGUAAACAACCAAUAAUUUGGAACAACAAAGGACUGCAAAAGAAAUCAUUUUAAAUGUUAAUAUACAUAAUUACGAAACAAGUUUCAAUUACUGCUAGUAGACACAUCGAAAUUAAUUUUAACGCAUCUGAGUCGCAUUAAGUGAGAGAAAGAGGAGGAGGAGUCUAGAAGUGGCUGCGAGUCGGGGCGAAAUACAUAGUAAUUGAUUGUUAAAAAUACUUAGCAAAAAUUGAAAUCCUGUGAUUCACUCUAUAUAUACACAUGUAGUAAUGUACCGACGCGUGGGGCUAGAGCUCCAUUGCCAGUAGCUAUAUGAUAUGUAUAAAUACUUAACUUAUAUAUACAUACUUUACAGAAGGCACAUCAGGGUUAACAGUUUCGAGAAUGGCAGAUGAUAGUCUAGUUACGAUAAAACAUUCAGAAGCCACUACCUUUUCUAUGCGACGUUUUUAAAGGAACCCAAGCCCAUAAUUUAUACCCCACCCAAAUGAAACCAAACAUCACUGAAAUACAAAUCUGUUCAGUAGUAACUGCAUAGAUCCUAGGUUAAAAAGAACACCAUACAAACAAUUCGAUACGGUUUCAGACUCUAGCGCAUAGGGAAAAACAAUUGGCUUUUAGAAAGCGUACGUCAUGUUCGAACAUUAUUUGUAUUAUGUUGAUAUUUUGACUGUU